AUGAAGUCGACACCUACUUUAUCUCUUCUGGCCUUCCAGGCUUCAUGUGUGGCUACAUUUCAGCCAGAGCAUUUGCGCGAGACCGUCUUCGACCCUUACCCAGUUCUGGCAAGGCGACAGGAUGUGGCAUUCCCACCCGUCUUGGACCAAAACGAGGCCAUACUGGCCAACUCGUUCGACAACGCCUCGCUUGAAACGUGGUCUUAUUAUUACACCCACGGUCUCCACAUAGCCGGGACUAAUAUGACCAUGGCUCAGUGGACUGCUGAUCGCUGGAAUGAGUUUGGUUUUAUGGCGGGGUUGGCCUCGUAUUACACAUACCUCAACUAUCCAGUGUCGCAUUCAUUGUCGGUGUCGUUCGCCAAUGGAUCGACUUGGUCUGCUUCACUGCAGGAAGAGCCGUUGGUCGAGGAUGAGGUCACCACUUACCCCAACAGCGUGCCUACUUUCCAUGGCUACUCCUUCUCUGGGAAUGCCACGGCAGAGUACGUCUAUGUGGGGCGAGGCCAGCAGGUGGACUUUGAACGAGUGAAAGCCUUGGGCGUUUCACUCGAAGGCAAGAUCGCCUUGGCUCGUUAUGGCGGUCCUUUCCGUGGGCUCAAGGUCAAGAACGCUCAGGAGAAUGGCAUGAUUGGUGCCGUCAUAUUUACUGAUACGGCAGAUGAUGCAAACAUCACCGAGGCCAACGGCUACGCUGCGUAUCCAUACGGACCGGCGCGGAAUCCAACUUCCGUGCAACGAGGAAGCGUCCAGUAUUUGUCCACCUACCCUGGUGAUCCCACGACCCCGGGGUAUCCUUCAAGGUUCGAUUCCCCUCGUACAGACACGUCGGAUGUCACACCGAGGAUUCCAUCACUGCCGAUAUCGUGGAAAGAUGCUCAACCCCUGCUCCAAGCUCUCGACGGGUACGGUCCAAGUGGUGAAACGGUCAACCGCACCAACUGGGUCGGCAAACUUAACGCAACUUACUCCACGGGACCGGCUCCGGGCACUGCGAUCUCGUUGUCCAAUGUCAUGAGAGACGACAUCACUUGGAUCUGGGACGCUAUUGGGAUCAUCAAUGGAACUCACGAAGACGAAGUGGUUGUGGUCGGCAAUCAUCGCGACGCCUGGAUCAUCGGUGGGGCUGCCGACCCCAACUCUGGCUCGGCGGUGAUGAUCGAGCUUGCUAAAGCGUUUGGGGCAUUGCUUAAGACCGGUUGGAAGCCUAGACGUACGAUCGUACUGUGCUCCUGGGACUCGGAAGAGUAUGGCCUGCUUGGCUCAACCGAAUGGGUUGAGGAUUAUAUCCCCUGGCUGACCACAGCUGCCGUGACCUACCUGAAUGUCGAUGUUGCCACGUCUGGCCCCAACCCCGAGCUGUCUGCCUCGCCCGAAAUCCACGAGAUCGCCACUGAGAUGAUGAAGAAGGUUGUCUACCCAUAUCGCGGCUACAACAACCUCACGCUAUACGAUGUCUGGUACAGUCUCACUGAGGGUGAAAUCGGUGUGUUAGGUUCGGGGAGUGAUUACACCGCUUUCCUCCAUAACGGUAUCAGUUCCUUGGACAUUGGUGCCGGCGGAGGCCCUACUGACCCUGUUUAUCAUUACCAUUCCAAUUAUGACACCUUCCAUUGGAUGAGCACGUUCGGUGACCCUGGUUUCGUCACCCACAAAGCGAUCGGGCAGUAUCUGACCUUGUUGACGUACCAUGUGGCCACUGACCCGAUUAUACCUUUUAAGGUCGAGAACUACGGGGUGCAGAUGACAUUGUAUCUGGAAGACCUUGCCGAGGACGUUGCAUCUGCAAAUGCCACUGUCGACCUGUCACCCCUCGAAUCGGCCGUUACAUCCUUCAACACCUCGGCUGCCGCACUUACCCAGCUGAUCGGUUCAGCCUCGACGGAAGAGGAGAUCGGUCUUGUCAAUGCCAAACUGAGGGAUUUCAGUCGCGGGUUUGUGUCGCAGGGUGGGCUGCCAACAAGAGAAUUCUACAAGCACGUUGUGUUUGCGCCGGGCCUGGAUACCGGGUAUGCUCCGACUACCUGGCCUGGGGUCACGGAGGCGGUGGAGGCAGGAAACUUGACUCUUGCAAAUACCUGGGUGCAGAAGUCUGCCAGGGCUGUCGAGGUUGCGGCUGCCAUCUUGGCGCCUUGA